AUGUCAACCCAGAACUCGGAGUCGACAAAUUGCGCAGAUGAGCGCCCAGCAUGGCAGGAGGAAGGUUUCAAUUCCCAUCAAGAAUGGCAAGACUGGCUAAACGAGUCCGAAGCCACCGAUAAUGCAUACGACGCCCAAGCGGAGGCGCUACCGCCUGAUGAUAGCGAUGACGAUGAAGGCUUUGACGAAGAGUUUGUUAGCGAGCAAAGUUCACAGGACGAAGAUGACGACGACGAGGAAUCAGAAAACGAUGAGCCUGGAGAGAACGCCGAGCCUGGAGACGACAGCAAUCCCGAAGACCAUUCCGAGGCUGCAGGCAGCCGCGAGCCUGGAGUAAGCGACACCCCAAACGUCGACGAGGCUACGCUCAUUUCUAUUUACGGCUUCGCCCACAACAAGAACAAAGACUAUGCCCUCGUUGAGCAGUCAGCUCGUGGAGCCCUCAACGCUAUAACCAUAGCUCUUCAAGACAUCAUCAACAGGAGCCAGGCGCGACAAGGUAAUCCAGAGAGCCUUGCAAAAGAGAUCGAGAGUGCCUUUGCCACGACUUUACCUACGUAUUUAAGCGUCCAGGCAGUGCUCCAAGGUGGACAACAAGUCAGUCUUUCUCGAAUGAUUAUGAGAGUGCCCAGCUGA